AUGGGCCCAAGGCAUAUGGAAACUAUGAAGCGAACAAACGCCGCAGGCGAUCGCACGCUAAAUCCCCUCGUCCCGGGAAUUUACGUGCCUACGAUUUGUUUCUUUGAUCCAACCACGGAAGACCUUGAUCUCUCAACCGUUGCCAAACAUGCGGUGAGGCUUGCACAAGCCGGGGUUACUGGACUCACUGUCCACGGCUCCAACGGCGAAGCCGUACACUUAUCCGACGACGAACGGAGUGACGUUAUUCGGACGACGAGAAAAGCAUUAAACGACGCAGGCUUUUUAUCGAUGCCCCUGAUGGCCGGAUGCAGCGCAAGCUCGACGAGAGAGACCAUCAAACGAUGCCAGGAGGCCUACAGAGCCGGUGCCGAUUGCGCUUUGGUGCUAACGGCGUCUUACUAUCAUACCUUAUUCACUUCAGAUUCGGUGGUCGAAUAUUUCCAAGACGUGGCGGACGCCUCGCCAAUCCCCAUUGUCAUCUACAAUUACCCACCUGUUGCCGGCGGGCUCGACCUAGACUCUGAUACUCUGAUCACCCUGAGCAAGCAUCCCAAUAUUGCCGGCUGCAAGUUUACUUGCGGAAACACAGGGAAACUAAACCGAGUUGUCGCGGCACAGCACCAAGGCGCAUCUGGCUCUUCAGACAGAUCGUCCGCUCCUAGCUUCUUAUGCUUUGGCGGAUCUGGCGAUUUCACGCUUCAAACUUUGAUCGGUGGUGGUGAUGGUAUUAUUGGCGGUAUCGCCAACCUAGCACCCGCAACCUGUGUUCGAGUUGAACAGCUCUUCCGUCAGGGGAAGAUGGCGGAGGCACAGAGGACCCAGGAGAUCCUGGCAAGAGGGGACUGGGCUGCUAUUCAGAGCGGUGUUGUUGGCCUCAAAUCUGCAAUGAUGGCCCAUUGUGGCUAUGGCGGUUACGCCAGAAAACCACUUCCACGACCAACAGACGAUGAACAGAGGAUGUAUGCGGAACAGUUCCAGGAGCUGGUUGACUUUGAGAACUCUUUGUAA